GUCACCCGCUAGUUACUCCCUCUUCUCCUCAUCUCCAUCGCGCGCCCUAAAAAAAUUCUGUUUGUUGUUGUUCUUUAUUCCAUUUUUGUGUGUUUUUUUGCAGAGAAUGGAAGAAAAUUACAGGAGGUUGAAGGAGAUAAACAAGAAGCUGAGAAGGGAGAUUAGAUAUAAUGAAAAUUUUAUCCCUUUCCCGUAGUAUAUAUAUAUAUAUAUAUUUGUCAAUGAAAAGAAGGGUUCAUGCUUUUUUUGUUGUUGUUAUUAAGGGAACGGGGUUUUUUAUUAUUUAUUUGCAGGCAGAGAAUGGGUGGAGACUUGAAUGAACUUAAAACUUAAACUAAUUUCAGAGGGUUGUAAUCCAAAAGCUAAAGAAGAAAAGCAUAUAUCCAAACACAUCAUUGGAGAGGUUUUUAAGACUCACCAUGCUAUACAAACACUGGAUAAGACUAUUUUGAGCUUAGAGAUGGAAUUAGCUGCUGCAAGGGCAGCACAAGAAUCUUUACUCGGUGGUUCACCAUUAUCCACAGAUGCGAAUAGAGCCAAAUCAUCUAGGAAGAGAAAGUAUCUGAUGGUUAUAGGAAUUAAUACCGCUUUUAGCAGCUGAAAAAGAAGAGAUUCAGCUCGUGCUACAUGGAUGCCACAAGGUUGUCGGAUUGAUCUUUUCUUUAUACCCUUCAUUUCCUUAUUUCAUUCCCUUAACACACAUUAAUCCCUUUCCCAAGUUAUGCCAUUAGGAUUGCUGAAUUAAAUCUGCUGUUGUUUUUCUUCCUAAAACUAAUGGAAAAUAGGUGAAAAACAGAAUAAGUUGGAGGAUGAAAACAGCAUUAUCGUUCUCUUUGUUAUUGGUCAUAGGUGAAGGCUUAAUUCACUUUCCUUUGUAUUUUUUGGUUGCUAAACUUUGACAUGUAUUUCUCCUUAAAUGCAUUGAACCUAUAUGCUAGACUGAUUUCACUACCACAGGAUGUCCUGAUGAA